GUGCACGGGCCAAACAGUUGACAUAGCAUAGCGCUCACAGAUUCGAAUCGGGGCUAUAUUGAAAGCGAGCAUCGCAGUUUGCAGCCGUCGGUCGUAGUUGUUGUCGUGGUCGGAAUCGUUGUUGUUAUUGUUGUCAUCACAGUUGUCGUGGACGCUGCGUCUCUGUGUGAGUGUGUGUGUGCCUGGAAUCGCUCAAGCGGGAGUUGGCUGUUACUUUGCUCUCAGCCUCCAGCAUACGCUUCGUCCAAGCUUUCGCAAACACAUCAACAGGACCUUCGACGCUUUACGCAUCCUUUUUUUAAAUAUUCCAUAAGCUCGCUAGCAAACGCGUGCUAAACACAUUUCAGCUCCAGUUUGUAUUAAAAACAGCCACAAAAUUUCGAAAACAUCGAAAAUGGUCUUCGAUUGUGGUGUUUGGUGUGCAAAGUAUUUGCUUUGCAUAUUAAAUUUUAUAUUUUUUGUGCUAGGCACAAUUAUAUUCGGAGUUGGACUAUGGCUGGCCGUGGACAAGCACUCGCUGAUUGCUCUGCUCAAGCUCGUCGAGAGCGAACGCAUUGAGCACUUCACACAGCCUCAGGUCAUAGAGCAAAUGGCCUACGUACUGCUCGUCAUCGGAGCCGUGAUGUUCUUCUUGAGCCUCUUGGGCUAUUUGGGCGCCAUGCGUGAGUCUCGCUGUCUACUCUCCACGUACGGCACCUUUCUCAUACUGCUGCUGGUCGCCGAGCUGGUGGCCGGCGGCCUGGCCAUCUUCUACAAGGAGCGUGUGCGCAGCGAGAGCAAAAAGUUUCUGCAAACAACAAUCACGAGCUACACGCUGGGCGAGAAUAUGGAUGCCACUUCGCUGAUGUGGAACCAGCUGAUGGGCAACUUUGGCUGCUGCGGCGUCAAUGACUAUCAUGAUUUCGACGAGUCCGAGGCGUGGAAGAACACCAAAGGCAAUCGCACCAUUCCCGACGCCUGCUGCAUGCUGAAGGACGUUGCGCAGCUGGUGCCACGCGACGAGGACUGCACAACCAAUCCCAGCGAUAGCAACAGUUUCUAUAAGAAGGGCUGCUAUGAGGUCUUCACUGAGUGGUUGAUACGGCAAAGGGAGUUGAUCAUUGGCGUCAUCAUCGCAGGCAUUGCCCACCUGGUUCUGGUCAUACUCGCCUUUGCGCUAUGCAAAGCAUUUGCCAAAUAUGACGAUAUGCGUCUGUAAGUUGAGUUCUCUGCUUAGACUAGCCAAACAUAACAUAAAACAGGACAUGCUGAUUAAACCAAGACAGUGAAUGGCAGAGUAUAAAACAACAACAAACCCUAACGAACAUUGAGUUGUGCUCAAGAACUUCAAAUGCAUUUCCCAGCCCUCACACAAGAAAACAAAAAGAAAAACCAACUUUUACUCUAAAAAAAAAUAAAAAGAAGAAAACAUGAAAUAAUGAAACGAUAGUUAAACAAAAAUAUUUAAUCACUUUGCUAGAAAUGUUGCUCAGAAAAUAUUGAAAAAAUGGAAAA